UAUGCACAUUCUCCUGCCAAUCUUUCCAACAGAAAAAGUGAGAGAAACUAGAAACAGAGAAACUCUGAUUAUAACAAAAGGUUGAGAUGGGUUGGUUUACAAGUGAGAGAAGAGGGAUCAGCUGGAGAGACCAAACAGUAGAGUCAGCAUCAGCACCUCCCUUUCCUUUGAUAUUAUUUUUCGGUCUGGUAAUCUUGCUGAUGUAUUUUGCUGGUUACUCAGACCAUAAGGCACAAGAACAACGUUCCAAGAAUAGUAUGACGCUGCUGCUAUUCUUGUUGCCUAUGCUUGUAGUUCUUAUGGUAUACGCCAUAGUUGUUAAUAACAGGUGGUUUUCUCCGGAAGCCGCCGGAGGCGGUGGUGGUCCGAGGCCGGUUCUGUACGAAGCCAUGCGCCAAGAAGGAAGUCCUCCUUGGGGUCCGGCGUUAAUGGUGGUGUUGCUUCUGUUGAUGGUUUAUUAUCAACAUUCAUAUCACUCUAGCUGGUUUCGUCCAAUUUAGAAUUUAUGAGAUGCUGUAAAUUCUAAAAUUGAGAGUAGUUGGAUUCUGAAAUGUAUAUCUAAAUAAAUCUUGUAUGCUUGUUUUUGCCUCUGUUCAAACUCUUCAUCUUUGGACAGAGGUUGUAACUUGUGCUUGAAGAGGUGUUCACAGCGUAAGCCUUGAAUGUUUGGAAGUUGGGACUUCUCUCUCUCUUUUUUUGGAGGGGGGAGGGGGGUUGUCCCUAGGUAUUUGAAGUUAAAUUUAAAAGCUUUCCCUUGUCAGUUUGUAGGAAUUGAAGAUUUACUGAUUGUGGAUAAUCUGUUAUGCUUUUUAA